UAAACUGGAGAGCUGCUCCUCCUUGAUGGCCACAGAUAACGGUAUAAAAGACCAACGCUCGGGCUCCUCCAAAGCUUUGGACUGAUAGGCUGCCAACCAAGUACUUGACUAUCUGUAGUACACAGCAGCUGCAUCACUGCAGGAUAAAAGAGGCACCAUGAGCAGCAAAGACCCAGAAAUGGAGUGUUAUGGCCCAGCGGCCGUUUUCCUCCGCAAGCCAGAACGUGAGCGAAUUGAAGCUCAAAACACUCCAUUUGAUGCUAAAUCAGCCUACUUUGUCGCUGAACCCACCGAGAUGUAUGUGAAGGGCAAACUGGUGAAAAAGGAGGGAGGCAAAGCCACUGUAGAAAUCAAGGGUGGGAAGAGUCUGACAGUCAAAGAUGAUGACAUCUUCCCCAUGAAUCCACCCAAGUUUGACAAAAUUGAGGACAUGGCCAUGAUGACCCACCUCAGUGAGCCGGCUGUGCUGUAUAACCUGAAAGAGCGCUACGCGGCGUGGAUGAUCUACACCUACUCCGGGUUGUUCUGUGUGACCGUCAACCCCUACAAGUGGCUCCCAGUGUACGACACAGUUGUUGUAACAGCAUACAGAGGCAAAAAGAGGAUCGAGGCUCCACCCCACAUCUUCUCCAUCUCGGACAACGCCUAUCAGUUCAUGCUCCAAGAUCGGGAAAACCAGUCCAUUCUCAUUACCGGAGAAUCCGGUGCAGGGAAGACUGUUAACACCAAACGUGUCAUCCAGUACUUUGCAACAAUUGCAGUGUCUGGAGGAAAAAAGCAAGAACAUUCUGGAAGCAAAAUGAAGGGCUCGCUGGAAGAUCAAAUCAUUGCAGCAAAUCCCCUGCUGGAGGCUUAUGGUAAUGCCAAAACUGUGAGGAAUGACAACUCAUCCCGCUUUGGUAAAUUCAUCAGAAUCCAUUUUGCAACAACUGGAAAGUUGGCCUCUGCGGAUAUUGAAACAUACCUGCUGGAGAAGUCUCGAGUGACUUUCCAGCUGUCUGCUGAGAGGAGUUACCACAUCUUCUACCAAGUCACAACGGGACAUAAACCCGAGUUGUUAGAGGCUCUGCUCAUCACCACCAACCCCUACGACUAUCCCAUGAUCAGUCACGGUGAAAUUACUGUCAAGAGCAUCAAUGAUGUUGAGGAGUUUCUCGCCACUGACUCUGCCAUCGAUAUCCUGGGCUUCACUGCGGAAGAGAAAAUGAGCAUCUACAAGCUCACUGGAGCCGUGAUGCACCAUGGCAAUAUGAAGUUCAAGCAGAAACAACGAGAAGAGCAAGCGGAGCCUGAUGGCACUGAGGUGGCCGAUAAAAUCGCCUACCUCAUGGGCCUCAACUCGGCCGAUAUGCUCAAGGCUUUGUGUUUCCCAAGAGUCAAGGUCGGCAAUGAAAUGGUGGUCAAAGGUCAAACUGUGCCCCAGGUUCACAACGCCGUUAUGGCCCUUGCCAAAUCUGUCUAUGAGAAAAUGUUCUUGUGGAUGGUGGUCAGAAUCAAUGAGAUGCUGGACACCAAGCAGGCCAGAAGCUACUUCAUUGGUGUCUUGGACAUUGCUGGAUUUGAAAUCUUUGAUUUCAACAGCUUGGAGCAGCUUUGCAUCAACUUCACCAAUGAAAAACUGCAACAGUUUUUCAACCACCACAUGUUCGUCCUGGAGCAAGAGGAGUACAAGAAAGAAGGAAUCGAGUGGGAGUUCAUUGACUUCGGCAUGGACUUGGCUGCCUGUAUUGAGCUUAUUGAGAAGCCGAUGGGCAUCUUCUCCAUCCUUGAAGAGGAGUGCAUGUUCCCCAAGGCCACAGACAUAACCUUCAAGAACAAACUGUUCGACCAGCAUCUCGGCAAAAGUGCCCCCUUCCAGAAGCCAAAGCCAACCAAAGGCAAAGCCGAGGCCCACUUCUCCCUUGUUCACUACGCCGGCACUGUCGACUACAACGUCAACGGCUGGCUGGACAAGAAUAAGGACCCCCUGAAUGGCUCAGUUGUUCAGCUCUUCCAGAAAUCCUCGAUGAAGCUAUUGGCUCACCUCUAUGCCACGCACGCCGGAACUGAAGAUGCAAAAGGUGCAAAGAAAGGUGGCAAAAAGAAGGGAGGUUCAUUUCAGACAGUGUCAGCCCUAUUCAGGGAAAAUUUAGCAAAGCUGAUGACCAACUUGAGGAGCACUCACCCUCAUUUUGUGCGCUGUAUAAUUCCAAAUGAGACAAAAACGCCAGGUCUGAUGGAGAACGCCCUGGUUAUCCACCAGCUGCGCUGUAACGGCGUGCUGGAGGGCAUCAGGAUCUGUAGGAAAGGUUUCCCCAGUAGAAUCCUCUACGGUGACUUCAAGCAGAGAUACAAAGUAUUGAAUGCCAGCGUCAUCCCGGAGGGCCACUUCAUCGACAACAAGAAGGCCUCAGAGAAACUUUUGAGCUCCAUCAAUGUCGAUCAAUCACAGUACAGGUUUGGCCACACCAAGGUGUUCUUCAAAGCCGGCCUGCUGGGUACACUUGAGGAGAUGCGAGAUGAAAAACUUGCCAUCCUGGUGACCAUGACGCAGGCUCUCUGCAGAGGUUACGUCAUGAGGAAGGAGUUUGUGAAGAUGAUGGAGAGGAGAGAGGCCAUCUACUCCAUCCAGUACAACAUCCGCUCAUUCACCAAUGUCAAACAUUGGCCGUGGAUGAAGCUCUACUUCAAGAUUAAGCCUCUGCUGAAGAGUGCGGAAGCUGAAAAGGAGAUGGCCCAAAUGAAAGAGGACUUUGAAAAAACCAAAGAGGAGCUCUCCAAGGCCUUGGCCAAGAAGAAGGAACUGGAGGAGAAGAUGGUUUCCCUCCUGCAGGAGAAGAACGACUUGCAGCUCCAGAUUCAGGCUGAUAGCGAAACCCUUGCUGAUGCGGAGGAAAGGUGCGAGGGGCUCAUCAAAGCCAAAAUCCAGCUUGAGGCGAAGGUCAAAGAGGCUUCCGAGAGGCUGGAGGACGAGGAGGAGGUGAACGCUGAACUCACAGCCAAGAAGAGGAAGCUGGAGGACGAGUGCUCCGAGUUGAAGAAAGACAUCGAUGACCUGGAGCUUACCCUGGCUAAAGUUGAGAAGGAGAAGCACGCCACCGAGAACAAGGUAAAAAACCUGGUUGAGGAGAUGUCUUCUCAAGAUGAGACCAUUGCCAAAUUGAGCAAAGAGAGGAAAGCCCUCCAAGAGGCCCAUCAGCAGACCCUGGAUGACCUUCAGGCAGAGGAAGACAAAGUCAACACUCUGACAAAGGCCAAUACCAAGCUGGAGCAGCAAGUCGAUGAUCUCGAAGGAUCCCUGGAGCAAGAAAAGAAGCUCCGCAUGGAUCUCGAGCGAUCCAAGAGGAAGCUGGAAGGAGAUCUGAAGCUGGCCCACGAGACCAUCAUGGAUCUGGAAAAUGAGAAGCAGCAGGCUGAUGAGAAAAUCAAGAAGAGGGACUUUGAGAUGAGCCAGCUUCUUGGCAAGAUCGAGGAUGAACAAUCAGUCGGGAUUCAGCUUCAUAAGAAAAUCAAAGAACUGCAGGCCCGUAUUGAGGAGCUGGAGGAGGAGAUUGAAGCCGAGCGGGCUGCUCGCGCCAAGGUGGAGAAGCAGAGGUCUGAUCUCUCCAGGGAACUCGAGGAGAUCAGCGAGCGACUGGAGGAGGCCGGCGGAGCCACCUCGGUCCAGAUCGAGAUGAACAAGAAGCGCGAGGCCGAGUUCCAGAGGCUGCGCCGCGACCUGGAAGAGUCCACCCUGCAGCACGAGGCCACCGCCGCGGCUCUGCGCAAGAAGCAGGCCGACAGCGUGGCCGAGCUCGGGGAGCAGAUCGAUAACCUUCAGCGGGUCAAACAGAAGCUGGAGAAGGAGAAGAGCGAAUACAAGAUGGAGAUCGACGACCUCAGCAGCAACAUGGAGGCCAUUGCGAAAUCCAAAGGAAACCUGGAGAAAAUGUGCCGUUCAUUGGAAGAUCAAUUAAGUGAAUUCAAGUCCAGGCAUGAAGAGCACGUGCGUCAAUUUAAUGACAUCAGUGUUCAAAGAGCAAGACUGACGACUGAAAAUGGUGAAAUUGGUCGUCAGCUGGAGGAAAAGGAAUCUCUCGUUUCCCAGCUUAUGAGGAGCAAGCAGGGCUAUAUUCAUCAGAUCGAAGAGUUUAAGAGGGCCCUUGAAGAAGAAACCAAGUCCAAGAACGCCCUGGCCCACGCCGUCCAGUCCUCCCGUCACGACUGCGACCUGCUCCGAGAGCAGUAUGAGGAGGAACUGGAGGCCAAGGCAGAGCUCCAGAGAGCUUUGUCCAAGGCCAACAGUGAGGUGGCUCAGUGGAGAACCAAAUAUGAGACCGACGCUAUUCAGCGCACUGAAGAGCUGGAGGAGGCCAAGAAAAAGCUUGCCCAGCGUCUCCAGGACGCGGAGGAGUCCAUCGAGGCAGUGAAUGCCAAAUGUUCCUCUCUUGAGAAGACCAAACAGAGACUUCUUUGUGAAGUGGAAGAUCUGAUGAUCGACGUGGAGAGAGCCAACGCUCUGGCUGCCGUCCUCGAUAAGAAGCAGAGGAACUUUGACAAGAUUCUUGCUGAGUGGAAGCAGAAAUAUGAGGAGAGCCAGGCCGAACUGGAGGGAGCUCUCAAGGAGGCCCGCUCACUCAGCACUGAGAUGUUCAAACUGAAGAACUCCUAUGAAGAAUCUCUGGACCAUCUGGAGACCCUGAAGAGGGAGAACAAGAACCUGCAACAGGAAAUUAGUGAUUUGACUGAGCAACUUGCGAUGUCGUCAAAGACAAUUCAUGAGUUGGAAAAAGCCAAAAAGCUCGCUGAGACUGAAAAAGCCGAAAUCCAAACAGCUCUUGAGGAAGCAGAGGCCACACUGGAGCACGAAGAAUCAAAGAUCAUUCGCAUUCAACUGGAGCUCACCCAAGUCAAGAGCGAGAUCGACAGAAAGCUUGCGGAGAAGGAUGAGGAGAUGGAACAGAUCAAGCGGAACAGCCAGCGCGUGAUCGAGUCCAUGCAGACCGCUUUGGAUGCUGAAAUCAGGAGCAGGAACGAUGCCCUGAGACUCAAGAAGAAGAUGGAGGGAGACCUGAAUGAGAUGGAGAUUCAGCUCAGCCACGCCAACCGCCAGGCAGCUGAAGCCCAGAAACAGCUGAGGAAUGUCCAGGGACAACUCAAGGAUGCUGUGCUGCACCUCGAUGAGGCUCUGAGGGCUCACGCAGAAAUGAAAGAGCAGGUUGCCAUGGUGGAGCGCAGGAACAACCUGAUGCUGGCUGAGAUCGAGGAGCUGCGAGUUGCUCUGGAGCAGACGGACAGAAGCCGCAAAUUGGCUGAAGCUGAGCUGGUUGAUGCCAGUGAGCGUGUGACACUCCUGCACUCUCAGAAUACAAAUCUGAUCAACACCAAGAAGAAGCUUGAGGCAGACCUUGUUCAAGUGCAGGCUGAAGUGGAGGAUGCUGUCCAGGAAGCAAGGAAUGCUGAAGAAAAGGCUAAGAAGGCCAUUACUGAUGCUGCCAUGAUGGCAGAGGAACUGAAGAAGGAGCAGGACACCAGCUCUCAUUUGGAGAGGAUGAAGAAGAACAUGGAAGUGACAGUCAAAGACCUGCAGCACCGUCUGGACGAGGCCGAGACUCUGGCUCUCAAGGGGGGCAAGAAACAGCUCCAAAAACUCGAGGCCCGGGUGAGAGAGCUGGAAUCAGAGGUGGAUGCUGAGCAGAAAAGAGGCGCUGAAGCUAUUAGGGGUGUCCGCAAGUACGAACGACGAGUCAAAGACCUGACUUAUCAGACGGAAGAGGACAGGAAGAACAUUGCCAGACUUCAGGAUCUGGUGGACAAGCUGCAGCUGAAAGUCAAGGUUUACAAGAGGCAAUGCGAAGACACUGAGGAGCAGGCCAACACCCACCUGACCAGAUACAGGAAGGUUCAACAUGAGAUGGAGGAGGCUCAGGAACGUGCCGACAUUGCCGAGUCGCAGGUCAACAAGCUGCGGGCCAAGAGUCGUGACUUUGCCAGGACGAAGGAUGCUGAAGAAUGAGAUGCAACCUCAGUGAGGGAUUAAAAUGGGAAUCAUAAAAUAUGAUCUUUCAUUGGAACACUCUCAUGAUAUCCUGCAGAUGUACAUUCAAUAAAUCAAUUUUGCCUGUC